AUGGCUUACAAUAGAAACUACAACCCGGAUGAACUCCCUAGGGCUGUGGAUAAGGAUGGCACCGGCCAGCUUUCCGAGAAAGAGCUAUCAGCAGCGCUCGUCAACGGCGACUGGUCCGCCUUUGACCCGCACACGGUGCGCAUGAUGAUCCGAAUGUUCGACAGCGACCGCAGCGGGACGAUCGGCUUCGCCGAGUUCUGCGGGCUGUGGUCGUUUCUGGCCUCGUGGCGGACGCUGUUCGACCGCUUCGACACGGACAAGAGCGGCAACAUCAGCCUCGACGAGUUCAGCAACGCCCUCGUCGCCUUCCGCUACCGCCUCAGCGACCGCUUCGUCGAGCUGCUCUUUGCGACCUACGACAAGCGCGGCGAGGGCGUCAUGAGCUUUGACCUCUUCGUGCAGGCCUGCAUCAGCCUCAAGCGCAUGACCGACGUCUUUAAGAAGUACGACGACGACCGCGACGGCUACAUCACCCUCAGCUUUGAGGACUUCCUCACCGAGAUCCUGAAGCAGCUCAAGUAA